AUGAAAGAUGAAAAAAGAGAGAAUUAUUUGUGGGCACUUACCCAAGUGUCUUGCUUAUUUGAUAACACUGAGCCACCUAAAGUUUUUGUAACAGAUUGCAAAUUAGCACUUAUACAUGCAAUCCAUAAUAUAUUUCCAAACUCAAAAAAUAUUCUUUGUAGAUGGCACGUGGAAAAAAAUAUCUUAACUAAAUGUAAGGAAUCAUGGUUGCCAUUAAAAGAAAGCUUUAUUAGUACAUGGGUUGAUCAUUAUCUUCAUUUGGAUAAUACAACAAUAUCUCGUGUAGAAGGUUCUUAUUUAGUAUUAAAAAAAUACUUUCAAAUUUUAAUGGGUAACUUAAAUAUAGUUUAUGAGAAAAUUUCACUAUUAUUAGAAAAUCAACAUCAUGAAAUCAAAGCAAUGAUUGCUAAAGAUAAAACCUGUAUUGCACAUGCCCAAAAUAUCUCUUUUUAUAAUAAGCUCAUUAUUAAAAUUUUAGCAUUUUCCUUAAGAAAAAUAUAUGAACAAUAUCUUAAAGCUCUACAAGCAACUUUUGCCAACCUACUUGAACCUUGCACUAACCAAUCAUUAAAUCUUAAUAAUAUUCAUCAUCACUGGUGGAUCAAAGACAAUCAACUACUCCUACAAAGACAAAAUAGAAUUAAUGAUCAUUCAUUACUACAAUUAUUGCAAGACUUUAAUCAGCAAUACGAUACUUGGUCAGCUUCACAACAAACAGCAGCUUAUCAUAAGCUGUCUGAGUUAAUCAAAGAACCAAUGCUUUUGUUAGAUCCAAUAAUACAACAACAUACCAGAGGACAACCAGCUGGCUUAUGGAACAAAGCUCAAACCUCUAUCCAAAGGAUUUCAUUGGCUUUUGAAUUAGAAUAG